GUGAGGGGCAUAGAGGAGAAGCAGCAUCUCUCUGGAUUCCAAAUCUACUAAGCUACUACUUCUGCUGCAUCGUCCCCUCUUUCUCUGGAUCUCUGAGUGGUUCCUGCAGCUUUCUCCAACACUUCCUUCACUCCUCCACUGCACACUUGUCCCAGCAUGCAGCUCUUGGUGGUGUUCGCAGCUUUCGUGGGGGUUCUGAUCAGUGUCAGAGCAGCUGCCGUGCUUCCUCUGGAGGACAGGAGCCCCAUCCAGGGGUUGACCAGGGACACGAGCAAACCGCGUAAAGAGCUGAUCCUCAAGCUGGUAUCCAGCCUGUUGGAGGGAUCAUUAGACACCAACAUGCUCCCUGAGGAGACCUCACCCGAGGAGCUGGAGGAGCCGCUGGAGUCGCGCCUGGAGGAGAGGGCCAUCUACAACAGGCUAUCACUGCCUCAACGUGACCGCAAGGCGCCCUGUAAAAACUUCUUCUGGAAAACCUUCACCUCCUGCUAACAGUUUGAAAAAGUGCCCCAUUUCUGAUCCCUUCCCUUCAUGAACUGUAGUGGACCUCAGCUGUGCACAUCACCAUCCACCUAUCAGGCAUGCAUCAUCAAUGGACUGCACAGGACACACUAUUUAUGUACAAUAUGAAUUUACGCAUGUAACGUUUUUUUCAGGGGAAAAAAUAAACCAUAUUAAUAUUUGGACGUGGUAACUGACAUUUGCUAUUCGACUUAUUGUUCCCACCUGCUUUCAAAAUUGAAGCGUGAAUGCAAAAUGUAUGGCUUUACUAAGCUCCACUGACUUGAAGUUUUCAGGUUGGAAAGAUAUCGUCAAAAGUCAAUGACAUUUAGAAUUACACAAAAUAUAUAACAAUUUCAACAUUUUAAUAAAGAAUCCAAAUGUAAAAGGUAUUAUGACCAAAAGGAUCUAUAAAGUGUAUAAGAAAAUCUCUAAUCAAAAAGUGUCUUGUCUAUAUAUUAAAAAGAUAAGGGUAUUGGGGAUCAAUAAGGAACCUCUGAAUUCGUUGUCAUCAAGGUCCACAGUCACUCGCUUAACCAGCUCCUGACAGCUGUCCUUAUUAAUUCACGGACACACAGCCACACGCUCCACUGACUGACCACAGGUCGUUAGGCGCUGGCGUAACAACGUAAAUCCACCUCCAGUUUACGGAAUGCUGUCACUUGCUUGCAGUAAAAUGUAAGCUCACUGUAAAAGCAGUAGUUCAAGCACACGCUAAAGGAAAGCUGCUGGUGCAUGUGGACAGAUAAUUAAACAUUGCCUGUGCUGACCUCAUCACCUUGCAUUUCCAUCCAGCAAACAGCCGCCAUAGUAACACAAUUACCACACAGUUCUUUACAGUCAUGUAUGAGCGCCGCUCGGCUAGGUCAUUUGAAUGUACUGUACAUAGUAUGCAGGUAAAACAUGAUGUUUGAUCACAUAUGCUGUGUGUUUAAUUGGAAAUCCUGUCAAAUACAUUUAAAAACAUAUAAGCACUUUAAUAGAACCAUUUGUGCUGUGAAAUUCUGCAGAAUAAACCCUCUGGUAUUUAAUUGUUGUAUAGUACUGGUUCUUGUAGACCCCAAUGACAACACUUUGAGGGGAACCUGCUCACAAUUCAGUCUAGUUACAGUAUAUACUCACUGGACACGUUAGGUACACCUGCACAAUCUAACAACAGAAAUGCAUCAAAAAUGCUAUUUUUGAAUUCACAUUCAGUUACAUGUAUAAAAAUGAUAGUGUUCAGGGACAAUAAUGUGCUGGCAAGUCUCAAGGGACUUAUGAAAUAAGCAAACACGAUCCACUCUAUCCACAUACAGAAAGUA